AUGAAAUAGGUUAUAAAGGUCACUAUAAUAUUGGUUUAAACUGGAGAUUUUAGAAAACAAAUUAUAUUAUAUAAACUUUAAAUGGAGAUCUAAUUUAUAUUUAUAAUGGAGAGAUUUUAUAAAAGUAAUACUAAGAGUUUAUUCUUCAAAAGUUAAGAUUUAAAAGAAGGAAUUAAUAAGUGUGAAAGCUUUAUGAACAUAGAUACUUUAUAAAAUUUAACAUGGGAAGGAUUCUUGCUUAAUUAAAUAAAAAUUGGAGAAUGGAGAGCAUUUUGGAAAGGAGAAAGAAUAAAUACUGGUGGAUUUUUUAAUGAAAAUGGAAUUAAGAUAGGAUUUUGGAUUGAAUUAUUUAAAAAUUAUUGGGAGUAGAAAUUUAUUUUUUAGACUUUUUAGAAGAUCUCCAAUUAAAUUAUAAGGAGUAUAUAAAAAUGAAAAAAAAAUAGGUAGAUGGAAAAUAAUUUUAAAAAAUGAUAUUUUGUACUUAAUUAUUAGUGAAUAUUAGUGAAGGUGGAAAUUUUGACGAAAAUGGUUUAAAAAAAGGCAAAUGGAUUGAAUUAGAUGAUCUUUUUUAUAAGUAUCAAAAUAUAAUAAUAAAAGUAAAUGUAUAAAAUAUUUUGGAAUAUAUGACAAAGGAAAAAAAUUAGGUCUCUGGAAUACCAAAAGUUAAGAAAAGAUUAUGUAAUAAAAGUAAAUUAUUAUUUUAGUGGAGGUGGUGUUUAUAAUUUAAAUGGAUAAAAAAAUGGGUUUUGGGUUGAAUUACAUGAAAAUUAUUUCAAGUAUCAGAUAAUAAAAUUUAAGUUAAUGUCUCGUUAAUUUCUCUGGAAAUUAUUUUAAUGGAAAACCGUAAGGCGUAUGGAAAAUAAAUUAUAGAUUAAAUACUUCAAAUCAUGAUUAAAUUAUGUACUUUUGAAAAAUAUAAAAAGUGGAGGAGGCAUUUUUUAAGAUAAUGGAUUAAAAGAAGGAUUAUGGACAGAAUUAGAUGAAAACUUCUCUUAGUAAUAUUCAAUUAUAGAAAAAGAUAAUUAGAAAUAACUCAUUAAGGAAGUUAUAUAAAUGGAAAGAAAUAUAAAAGUUGGAAAAUUAUUAAGGACUAAAAUAUUUAAAUGUAAGUAUUUAUUUCAUUAAGUGGAGGAGGUUUUUAUGAUCAAAAUGGAUCAAAACAUGGAAAAUGGAUUGAAUUAGAUGAAAAUUGCCUAUAGUAAUUUCAUACAGUCUUAUAUUUUAGCGGAGAUACUUUAACUUGUUUAGGAAACUAUCAUCAUGGAAUUAGGAGGGGAGAAUGGAAAACUUUAUUUUCUGAUAAAUUGAUGUAAGAUUUUUGAUAUAUAAGAAAAAAGUGGAUUAGGAAAUUAUAAUCUUUGUGGAAUAAAAACAGGAUUAUGGAUUCAAAUUAGGAAAAACUUUAAUAAGUAAUUUAAAAAUAGAUUUUAGAUAUAAUUAAGCAAUUGAAAUUGGCAUUUAUGAAAAAGGUAUAAAAGUUGGAUUAUGGUAAACUCGAUUAAUUAUGGAUGAUAUUAUUAUGUAAAUAAGGUUUAAAAUUAUAAAGCGGUUAAGGGUAAUAUAAUAAAAACGGAUUGAAAGAAGGUUAUUGGAUAGAUAUAGAUGAUAACAAUUAUUUAAACUAAUUUAGUUUGUAUUAAGGAUGUUAUAGGAAUGGAAGGAAAAUUGGUAAAUGGAAAACUUAUUUUAGAAUUAAGAAUGAUGAUUUCUUACAUAAAAAAAUGUAAUUUUAAUGUAGAUAUUUAGUGGAGGAGGAAAUUAUGAUAAAAAUGGAGUAAAACAUGGUAAGUGGAUAGAGUUGAUUGAAAGCUUUUCAUAGUAAAAUUUUAUUAUAAUUUUGAAGAAACCGCUAUGUAUAGUUUUCAGGAGAAUACAAAAAGGGAAAGAAAUAAGGAAAAUGGGACACUCUUUUCAAAAGAUUUGAUGAUGCGUAAAAAGAAUAAUUAAAAUUAAUGUAAAACAUAAAUUGAAAAUUAGUGGAGGAGGUUGUUAUCAUAAAAAUGGAAGUAAGCAAGGUCAGUGGAUAGAUUUACAUGAUGAAUUUUGGACGUAAAAGUAAAUUAUUAAAUAUAGAGCUAGAAGAACUAUAUAAUAUGGAGAAUAUAUAAAUGGAAUUAGGUAAGGAUGUUUUAUUCAAGAAAAAAUAUGA